CAAAGCUGGCACAGGAUGACUCCGCCGGUCCCACACUGGCGAACAAAGCGUGACCAUGGGCCGCUAUAUGUUCUCGUUUUGACAUCACUGUUGAUGCUUGCCCUAGCUCAGGUGCCCGAUGGAAAUGUAGAGUACGAUCCACGAGGUCCAAGAGCAGCCACAACACAGGCGCCGGCUAAUGACACAGGAACUGGCACAGGAACUCCAUCCUGGUGGCGUGCGGGCUACGAGGGUGAUGGUACGACGCACGAACAGCUUGGACAGCUGCACUGGCCACCCGUCGUUUACACAAGAUUCGAGGGGCAUCCCAACUACUCGCGGGAUCUUAGCUCACCAACAAAAUCGGUGGAUUUCAUUUACAACUUUACACACAGUCUCUUCGAGCUGGUGUUCACCGACGAUCCGGUGCUGCCACAGAAAUACAUUAAGGUCAUGGGCGAUGAUGUGGUGGCUCUGGGCCCUAAGGUGGAGCGAAACGAUUGGUCCGACCUAUUGGCUCGCUACUGGUUGCUGCUUUUCUUCGUGAUAUUCCUUAUAACCGGCAUCAUACUCAUUCCAUGUAUUGGUGUUUGCUAUUGCUGCCUCUGCUGCUGUCGUCGUUGCAAGCAGGGAUGUCCGACGUGCACCACCGUAGUGGACUUCCGGCGGCGCAUGUGUUGCGGCACAUGCCUAGCGAUCCUCGUCGCUGGCCUAUGCUUUGGUGGCUAUGUUGCGUUUGUGUCGAACAAGUUUCUGGAUCGGGGAUUUCAUGACUCUACAAUGACAAUGAGGCGCGGCAGCGAGGACACUUGCGUUUUCCUGAAGGAUGUGGCUGAUCACAUAACGCAUCUUUUUGUGAAAAACUUUAUGGAAUUGGAGACGCACAUUCUCGAUGUAUUGGAAAACGCGGAUAAGCACAUUUUUCUGGAUCUCGCAGACACAUCUGAUAGUAAUGCAUUGGCUGAAUUGGAGCGCAUAUUGGACAACAUGCCACAAGCAUUAUUCAUCAUGCGUAAUGUGGAUGUGAACGAGAAGGAAUUACGCUUCUGUGGCUCACAAUAUCGUUAUGUUCUUCGUGGCUUAAAGCGAGAUAUUGAACAUGCAUGCUCCUCCUUAAUUCAAAGACGAGAUGUCUUUUUGUACCAUCGUUAUGGGCAUAUUACACGUUUGCCUUAUUCGAGAUGUCUGUACUAUGAUCAGGUUCCCAAUACGACAUUCUAUGUAGAAGCCAUUGAAAAGAUUAUUAAGGAAAAAUAUUUUGAUAUACCAAAGAGGGGCAUUGCGCGCCUCAAGCUGGUUAGUGACAAAAUCCGUAAACAAAUGGAACUCAUUAUACCGCCAUUGAGGCGAGAUAUUGGCAGGGGACGUGGCGUUCUGUUUAAAUAUGCCUCAAAAAAUACGCAACAUAGUUGAUGCUGUGAUCAGUGAUAUUCAUCUAAAUACGAUGCGCACGACAAAGACAUACGACGAUGUGUACGAAAAGUUUGGCCAAGAUCGUGAUAACAUUUACGAAUUUACAUGCGUUUUACUGUUCAUACUAAUCAUAGUGCUAAUUUCGGCACUCUUAUGCGGCUGCCUUGGGCCAAGGUCGAACGACUGCAGGUGCAUUUGGAUUUUGCAGCAAGGGUACAGGCGCCUCCUGUUUGCU